AUCAGUCAACCAAUGAAACUGUCCUGUGGAGACACCUUCCUAUUUCGAGGUGUGAAGUUGAAGAGGGCGCCGCAUGAAUUACUGUCACAAAACACAGUCAAGCCGGAGACUAGCAGACAGCUUCUGGAAAUGGCUCAAGAGGACCAGAGCGAGACGUCACAACAAACAGCAGCCAGUGACGAAGAGAAGGGGACAAUGAACCAGGCUUCUCCCCCCAUCAUCGAGAUUCACGACUCUACAACUGAAUGUGAGGACGAGGCGAGGCCCAGCCUGGUACAGAUGGAGGAGAAGGCUUUUGUAUCCAGCCUGCACUCUUUCAUGAAGGACAAAGGCUCGCCCAUAGAAAGGAUCCCACAUCUGGGCUUCAAGCAGAUUAAUCUCUGGAGGAUCUACAAAGCUGUUGAGAAACGUGGGGGCUACGAUUUAGUGACGGCACAACGUCUUUGGAAGAAAGUGUACGAUGAGCUGGGAGGAAGUCCAGGUAGCACCAGCGCCGCCACUUGCACCCGCAGACACUAUGAGAGACUCGUGCUGCCCUUUGAAAGACACAUAAAAGGAGAGGAAGACAAACCUCUGCCACCCAGCAAACCACGGAAGCCGUAUAAGAGAAACUUGGAUGGAAAGGUCAACAAAGCUGAUGUGAAGAGGAAAAGGACUGUGUCAGAUAGAGAGAUGGAUUCUGAGAUGCACACCCAGAGGAGUCCAGAGGCUGCCUGCCAAAGUGAAGCAGUGAUGCAUCCUCACUCCGCUCUCUGGGCGUCCUCCUCUGACAGACACCAUCCAGACUGCUCUCAGCCAAACAUAGUCCCCGUCUAUGCCCACCUUCUCCCGGUCACCACGACCAACCCUUGGACUGCUCCCAUCCCAUCUGCUGCUGGAGAGGUCAUCUCCCCUCUGGAGAAAAAAAAGCGAAUGGCUCAGGCCAGCCUUAACUUGCCACCGAGUCCACAAAGUGAGGAUAAAGAGAGGCCCUCCGUCAUCCGCUGCUCCCAGUCUCCAGCCCGGGCUUCCUCCAGCCAGAACUGUAACUCUUCUGAUGGAUCCCCGCUCCCUCUAUCUUCCUCCUCCUCCCGCAGCCCUUCCCCUGACUCUGUUUCAUCCGACGAAGGCCCGGCAGGGAACGAAGAUAAACCUGCAUCAAGUUCAGAAUUGAGCCAAAACUGUUCUAGUUCUGUUAAAAAUACGUCCAGCUGCAGUGAGGAUAAAUCUGUGAGCUGCUCUCAGACAUCCAAAGACCAUGCAGGAUCGAAUAAAGACAUUUCUCACGUCAGCUCCCAAUCAUUGACAGCUGACUCAAUAAAAAGCCAAAAUAAAUACUCUGCCUGGAAGCCAAUCCACAAAGGCACUAACAAAUAUUACACCCAUCCUUUCCCCUCACCCUCCUCUUUCACUGAGAAAUCUGACUGUGCUCCAAUGUCUACCUCUAGUUUCACCAAAGUUGUGCCAAAAUCUCUGCAGCUUCUGCGGCCCGCUCCCAUUCGGCCAAAUUAUAAAGUCCACCAAAACAGGCUGGUGCACCAGGAUGACCCUCUGACUUGCGCAAAGAAGCUGAACAAUGUGGCCCCGUGGCUUUAUCCGACAGAGAAGAGGGAGAAAUCCAGGACAAUGCUACAAAAGGUUCCCCCCGUUCAGCAGAGUCUGUCGCAUUCUGCCGCCACCCUGCCAGUGUCAUGCGUCCUGUCAAGCUACGACAAAUCAGGGAGAGACUCUCGGCACCAGCCUCCUCUGCACCCCGUGUUUCUCCCCAACAGAAUGAGACUACCUCAAUCCCAGCUAAUGUACCGUCAUAUACCAGUGGGUCCAGCUCACUCUGCUCUCUUUGGUUCUGCUGUUUACCCAUACCCCUACUCCAUUCCUCUGUUAAAUCCCCAAACUGGAUAUACCCUACCUGCCAUGAAUCCCAUUUAUCCUCACAAGCUGUGAUUUUUUUUUAUAUUUCUGCUCCAGACUUGUCACUUGUCAAAAUUAAAAAAAAAAAAAAAAAAAAAAAAAAAAAAAAAAAGAUAAUCAAAGUUCAGCCAUUGAGCUUGUUGGCUCACUUUUUUAUUGCUCUGUGUAAUUUGGUGAAGCCUUAUGUGUUGGCACAAGUAUGUAACACACAUAUUUAGGCACUGUGGCUUCACACACAGCCUAGUUCUGUUAGUUACUGUAAUUAACUGACUGAGACCUUCUGUGGCCAAUACCAAAGUAGACUGAGAGGAAAUAAAGUCAGAGCAGUGAUGGUUAGGGAUAUUUAUAGGAACACACUGAAACUGGUUGAAUUGCCCAAGCGCAUCGAAUGGGUGCUUUAUUAUUUUUAAACUCACAGCAGAACUCUGAGAGAGAUUACACAGAAACAUGCAUGUGAUAUUAAACAACACAUGGUGUUACACUAGUGUAUCAUGUAAAUUUAAAGUCUUACAGUAAUAAAAGUAGCAUGUCUGUCAUUCACCCACAAUUUUUUUUGUAAAUGUCACUUUACACAAUUACAUGUACAGAAAGAAAUAGCCAAAUCUGAAUGACAAAUCUGUAUGAAGAUGACAAAUUCAGAAUAGAUUGCUCACACACAUCCAGUUGUUUUUGAAAGCUAUGAACUUUCUGUACUGUUCGUCAUUGUACUGUAUUGAAUAUGAUACUGUAUGAAUACCAUAUCUGCUUUAUAUCAGUGUUUUUUUAAAUAUCACAUGCAGAUCUCAUUCAAAUGUAUUUAAACAGAGAGUAAGUGAAUGAUCAUGAAUAAAUAAAAAUAAUAAACAAA